CACCAGGCAAAAAUCAACGUACAAGAUCAUUUUGGUUUUACACCUCUACACAUAGCGGCGAUCAACGAGGUGCCGGAGUGUGUAGAGUCAUUGUUGGCCAAGGGUGGAAACGUAGGUAUUCAAACGUACGGUGGUAUAUCGGCACUAAACAUGAUUGUAAGAAAAGUGCCUUCGUGCGUGCCAGCCGUAGCCAAACAGUUAGACAGUGCCGUUACAUCUAACUGGGCAGAUGGGUUUAAGCGUGGUCCGGAGAUACAACUUCGAUUCAAGUAUUUGUUGAACUGUAAUACUUUUGGUGAAAUUGAUUUACUAAAAUGUUUUCAAGAAGAAGGCCAAUAUGAACUAUUACAGCAUCCACUGUGUCAAGCUUUUUUAUUUCUAAAAUGGAGAAAGAUACGAAAGUAUUAUUUAAUGCGACUGGCAAGUUUAGGAUUUUUCAUUCUUCUGUAUACGCUCUAUGUAACGACCGUACUGAGUCACGAUUGCUACAACGCGAUCCAUUUGCCAAAUCAAACUAAUUCGACGUGUUUCCAGAAUAACUACACCCUCGGUGAAUUUUUAGUAGAAAACUAUCAAGUAAUGGAUGUAAUUAUUUAUGUACUGUAUUUGAUCAGCAUCAUAGAAGGAUUCUUGAAAAUAUCAGAAAUGGCUGGGUAUAUGUAUGUUCAUCAAUAUGUCCUUAGUUUAAGUAACAUGAGCGAAUGGUUAGUAUUAAUAAGCGUGCCGUUAAUAUCGUUUCAUAUUAGUGGAUACACAUCUUACUGGCAGAAUCAUAUUGGAGCUUUUUGCGUACUCUGUGCUUGGACAAAUUUAAUGAUAAAAAUAGGCCAACUCCCUUGGUUUGACACUUAUGUCGCCAUGUACACAAAAGUUCAAAAAGAAUUUGCAAAACUCCUCUUGGCAUAUAUAUGUCUAUUAAUAGGUUUUUCUGUUAGCCUUUGUGUCGUGUUCCCUUCUUCUAAAUGGUUCAACAAUCCCAUUAUUGGUUUUGUAAAAGUACUAGUAAUGAUGGCGGGAGAAUUGGAUAUUUCAAUGUUAGAAGUACACGAUGAAUCGCCGAUUAUAUCUAAAUUUAGCGCUUAUAUUGUAUACGUGGCCCUAUUAAUAUUUGUGUCAAUUAUACUUAUGAAUCUACUCGUCGGAAUUGCUGUACAUGAUAUACAAGGCUUGAAAAAGACUGCCGGUUUGUCUAAAGUUCGAUGUCAGAUUAAACUUAUAUAUUAUAUCGAACUAUUCAUGUUGCGAAGUUUUUGGCCAAAAAACGUCAAACGUAGGGCUCUGGUUUAUCCUUCUAAACAUCGAGCUCAUAUG